CUCUCCUCUGGGAGGAAGUCUUUUCUUAUUCUCUAUAUAAAAAUCAAACCACCUUGCCCCCGUAUGUCUUUUCUAGCCAAACUAAACUUGCCGAAAUCUCUCCUUUAGUACUAUCGCUCUGGUUCGUAUGCGUUUAACCUUUGAAGCCAGUCGAUCAUGAGCAACAUUCCUAGGUCUUUGCGAGAUUGUUCUCUAACCCUCUUCAAGCUAGCCAUCUCAGCGUCUGACCUCUGGCCUUUCUCUCUUGUUUUGUUGUAAUAUCAGAUUGAUCGGUGACCAAAAAGAACGAAAAAUAGGGUUCCGCCUUGUGUUCUGGAGUUGGAAGAUGGGUGGCGGAGACAAACACCUCUUAAACUUUCAUCUACAUUUACCCCAUCUUAAUCAUGGGGGGACUGGGAAGAAGGAGAUGAGAGAUAUUCCGAAGGGCUAUCUAGCGAUCAUGGUGGGUCAAGGUGAAGAGCAGCAGAGGUUCGUGAUUCCCAUCUUCUACUUCAAUCACCCACUGUUCAUGCAGUUGUUGAAGGAAGCGGAGGAUGAGUACGGGUUUGAUCAGAAGGGCACCAUCACCAUCCCUUGCCACGUCGAGGAGUUUCGCUACGUUCAGGGCAUCAUCGACAAGGAGAAGUCCUUCCACCACCACCACCAUAAUCAUGUUGGCUGUUUCAGGGCUUGAAGUUGGUGAUUGAAUUUGAUACAUAUAAAAAAAAAAAACAACAACUUGAAUCUGUUGACGGUGUAAAUUUGGAGUUUUGAGAAGGUUCUCUUCCCUCCUUUACUUUUUUUACUUUCUGUGUUUUUCCUUAAUUUUUCUUUCUUUCUAUACUUUGUUUGCCUGAGGCUUGAGGCUUGAGGCUUGAGGGGAGGGAAGGGAGAUCGACAAACCCACCCACCCAAACAUUGACGAUGACGAUACGUACAUAAAUUUCAUUCCUGGCCAUAGCAUGUUAUGAUUUUCAAGGGAAUCGUAUGAGUUAAAAGGAAAGUGAGAAAUCAAUCGUGUCUUUCUCUUUCU